AUGAUGUGCCCGGUGAUGCAGCACCUGCUGUGUCAGCUGACACCAGCUUGCAGUGGCGCGCUGGCAACAGCAGCGGUGCGGCCAAAGUGGAAGGAAAGACAACACCGAGCCCUAAAAUCCCCCGUGAACGUCUUGCUCCAGAGCCCUGCAGCAGCAACUUUUGACGUUGUGCGCCGUUUGUUUGUGGUGCCGCUUGACGAGGUGCAAGGUACAAACAUCUGCUCGACGAGGGCCUUCGCACGCCUCUAUAGGGCCCUUCAGACAACCUGGUGGUCCAUGGUUGCACUUUCGCCAGAGCCCUUCGAGGACGAGUACGACGACGACGAGUACGAGGAUGGCGAAUUUGUGGAUCUGGAUGACGAGGAUCUGUUGGGGGACGUCGGCGAGUUCGAGGAUGACUGGGAGGAGGCGGACGACGACAGAGACUCAAUGUACGACGAGGACGAUGCAGGGGGUGAUGGGCCGGAGGAGUUAGGGGAGAGCGAGGCGUCCGAGCUCAACCUCAUCCAGUACGCGUUUAAAUAA